UGACUGAAAAAUAAAAUGUAAAAGGAGGCUUACUAAUUUCGUGAACAUGGCUCAAAUUGCAGCACAAAAGUGUGAUUUUUCCUGCAAAGGAGUGGCGGUGUUCUACUGCAAAGGAUGUAGUCAAAGUAUGUGCCUCAGUUGUAGACAAAACGUUCAUGAAAAAGUUCAACAAUUCAAGGAUCAUGAAGUUGUUAACAUUGAAACCAAAGGGAGUCUUGCUUUCAGACCUCAACCAGUUUGUGACACUCACAACAAAACAUUUUUUUACUAUUGUAGUACAUGUGAUUGCCUUACAUGCACGGAAUGUAUGACAAGUAAUCAUAAUGAGCAUAAAACUGAAAAGAUUAAGAAUGUCGCAGAUGCUCGUCGUGAGAAUGUUAACCAUAUUAUAGUUCAGUUAAAAACGAAAGUUGAAAUAGCCAAACAGAAACUUGAAACAAUUGAAUCAAAACAUUCACGUCAAAUAGAAUCUGACUGUGAGUCUUAUGUAAAGAGUGUUGAAAAAACUACAGGAGAAUUACAUAUGAUAAUUGAUCAGCAUAAACUAAUACCAAUAACCACUGCUUCUGACUUUAAAGAUAAUGAAAAUCAUGUUUUAGAAGGAAAUAGAGAUUUCUUUAAAAGACGUCAUAAAGAAACAGCGGAUCGAUUAUUGAAGUUUGAAAAUCUUUUGCAAGAAACGCACAAUAGUACAUUCCUUAUCGAAUGGAAAGCUCUGCAAACUGAUGUCCAAAUCAUAAACGAAGAAACUGAUGACCCACUUUUGGACCCGAGUGGCAUUGAAAUUUUCAAUCAGGAUUUUUUUAUGAAAUCAGUCAUAGAAGAAAUUGAUGAACAAUUCCAAAUGAGGAUAUUUGAAAAAUUAAAAGAAAAAGAGAAAAAAGUAAACGAACUGUCUGGCGAAAAUGAGAAUUUAAAGACAGAAAUAAAAGAAAGAAAACAAAAUGAAUUGUCAACCACAGACGAGAUAGCUGUACUUAAAGGAGAACUGAAAGGAAAACAAGAACAAAUAGACGACCUAUCAAAGUUAUCUUGUCAAUUAAAUGAAAAGGAGAAAAAAGUAAACGAACUGUCGGAAGAAAACGAAAAUCUUAAGAAAGAAAGAAAAGAAGGAAAACAAAAAGAAUUGUCAAGACGGAAAGAAAAGGGAAAGACCAUUCGCAGAUUAUCUGGACAAUUAAAAGAAAAGGAGAAAAAAGUAAACGAACUGUCGGAACAAAACGAUAAUUUGAUGAAAGAAAGACAAGAAGAAAAACAAGAAGAAUUGUCAAAACUGAAAGAACAGGAAAAGACCGUUGCCUGUCUUACAGACGAGAUAGCUCUACUUAAAGGAAAACUGAAAGGAAAACAAGAACAAAUAGAUGACCUAUCAAAGCUGAAAGAACAGGAAAAGACCGUUGCCUGUCUUACAGACGAGGUAGCUGUACUUAAAGGAGAACUAAAAGGAAAACAAGAACAAAAAGAUGACCUAUCAAAGUUAUCUAGACAAUUAGAAGAAAAGGAGAAAAAAGUAAACGAACUGUCUGAAGAAAACGAGAAUUUUAAGAAAGAAAGAACAGAAGGAAAACAGAGAGAAUUGUCAAAACUGAAAGAGCAGGAAAAAAAAGUUACCAAUCUUACAUCCGAGAAUAGUGCACUGAAAGACAAACUGAAAGAACAACAAGAACAAGUAGAUAACCUAUCAAAACUGAAAGAGCAGGUAAAGACAGUUCCCAUUUUUACAGAUGAGAUGGAUGUACUUAAAAACAAACUGAAAGAAAAACAAGUACAAAUAGAUGGCCUAUCAAAGUCUUCAGGACAAUUAAAAGAACAGGAGAAAAGGGUAACUAAACUGUCAGACGAAAACAAGAAUUUAAAGACAGAAAUAAAAGAGAGAGAAAAAAAGGUAUCAGGACAAUUAAAAGAAAAGGAGAAAAAGAUAACCGAACUGUCGGACAAAAACAAGAAUUUAAAGACAGAAAUAAAAGAGAGAGAAAAAAAGUCUUCAGGACAAUUAAAAGAACAGGAGAAAAGGGAAAACAAACUGUCAGACGAAAACAAGAAUUUAAAGAUAGAAAUAAAAGAGAGAGAAAAAAAACUAAAAGUGCAGGAAAAGACAGUUGCCAGUCUUAAAGAACAGAUAGGUGUACUUAAUGACAAACUGAAAGGAAAACAAGAUGACCCAUCAAAGCAAGUACCUAUAGCUAGAUUUUGACUAAAUUAAACCGUUAUAAUUACUAGUAAUCGUAAUUUAAGUUAAAAUU